AUGGCCUCGAUCGGGGACGACGACGAUCGAGAUCUUGUGGGCUCACAAGAUGGAAGCUCGGACGAGGAAAUGGAAGAUACUCUUAGAGACGCAGAUGAGGCAGGGAAUGAUAACGACCCUGAUCCUGAUGCAGAAGCCGACGCAGAUCAAGAUGCGGAUAGCCCGUCGAACACCAGUCAUGCGUCCGAAGGGCCUGGUAUGGCUUCUCAGCCGAAUCCCGAUAUGACCAUGACCUCUUCUCACUCGACAAACCUCACAACCGACCUCACCUCCAUCUUCCAUCCCAGCGUCCGUCCCGAGUGUCUAACAGCUUCCACCUACGAUAUUGUACCCACGACCGCUGCCCCCCACAGUACAUCGAUCAACGCCGUGACAGCGACGGCAGACAUGCGAUGGGUUUUCAGCGGAGGAUCGGAUGGAUACGUGCGAAAGUUCAACUGGGUGGAUUCGAUCAACAGCAAAUUGAUGCUGACCGUGGCGCAACGCCAUCCGUUCGUUGAUAGCGUGAUCAAGGCGGGUGUACUCAUGACAUACUGGGAGAGCAUGGACGGGAACGCCCUAUCUCCGGUUUACUCUCUAGCCAGUCAUAGCGAAGGCCAGUGGCUAUUAUCCGGCCUGGAGUCAGGAAGUAUUCGUCUACAGUCAGUGCGCCAUGAUGAGGGCAAGGAGAUUGCUCUCCUGCAACAACACACCUCGGCUGUCUCAGUUCUGCAUCUAACACCUGAUGAGAAGUCACUACUGUCUGGAAGCUGGGACAAACGUGUUUUUGACUGGGAUUUGAACACAGGCAAGACAAGGCGUGCCUUUGGUGCCAGUGCUGGACAGAUCGCAGCGAUUGAGAUCAGGCCCGAAUCCAGUCUUCCGGUUCCCAAAGACACAGCCGAAGUGCCUCAGACAAACGGCACCUAUUCAUCGAACUACCAUGCUGGUGGGACGGACAGCUUCAAUUUGAUGGAUACAUCGAACGACCCAGGAGAGAGCGGUGCCGCUCCAGACCCGCAGGCGGGUUCUCCAGCGGAUUCACUCUUUGGAGGAGCUGAUUCAUUAUUUGGAGAUGCGGAUGGCGCUGGAAAUGACGGUGCAGGCCCUUCAGAUAAUGCGUUUGGAAUGGACGAAGACGAUGAGUUUGGUAAAGCGCUCGCCAAUGGCGUUGCUCCGGACGCCGAUGCGAAUGGCGAACCAGACGUGAUGGAUCAACAAACCGCGCCCGUGUCUAAUAACGCCAGCGCUGGUGUGCAUACGACAAACCCUCCUGCGGAGCCCCUGGAGGCUGAGCUCACAAAUGUCGUCCCUCAGCCAGUAACAAACGGGCUACCGCACGCGGAAGAAUUAGAACCACCAUCUCAGACACAAGAUCUCGCUCCGUCCACCCAACCAGAGUCCGACAUUGUACGAGAUCAUACCUUCCUUGCCGCAUCUAUUGACGGCAUCAUCCGAGUCUGGGACCGCCGGCAGCCUGAUCCUGUCGCUCGGAUUACGCCAUAUAAUUCCCCUCCAUGGUGCAUGAAUGCAUGCUGGUCCCCGGAUGGGAACUACAUAUAUGCAGGUCGCCGAAACGGGACCGUGGAGGAAUUUAGUCUUCAUAAAGGGUUACAGGAGCCUGAGAGAACCUUCAAAUUUCCGCAGGGAAGUGGGCCGGUGACAGCUCUCAAGGCAAUGCCCAAUGGGCGGCAUAUCGUCUGUGCCUCACACGAUAUUCUGCGAUUAUACGACCUGAAACACGAGCAAGUCAGUCGCCAUUCUACUGUCCCGUUCCUCAUUAUCCCGGGUCACCGCACUGGCACAAUAUCACAACUAUAUAUUGACCAAGCUUGUCGCUUUAUGAUCUCGACUAGUGGUAAUAGGGGCUGGGAGGGCAAUACUACGGAAGUCCUGCUGGGAUACGAGAUUAACGUGCCUCGAUGA